UCUGUCGAACUGUUCACAAUAUGAAGCCGAAAACUCUGUGUUUGCCGUUCCUCAUUGUGGCGUUUCUUUUUGCCUCUGAAAUGCCAAGCGUCCAAGGAAUGAAUUUACCUAACGAUUUGUCGAGCCUUGCAGCACAAGAACUUAAUUAUUUGAUAAGCGGAGUAGCUACUGGCAUUAACGAUAUUCUGUUCGAACGCUCCACAAUGAGUCCAUUUAUGAUUACCAACAGAGGCAGAAGUGAAAUUGCAGAUAUUUCACAGAAAACAGAUGUAACCGACGUAGAUAUCGCAACGGAGAACUUGACAGAGAAGAAUGGAAGCGCAAAAGGAGAUAUACCGCAGGAAUUAUCAACAUUGCUGGAAAAGGUAUUAAAUUGGAUAAGUUUUUUAAACAUCUUAAAAAGAAUUCAAAGCGACACAAAGUAAAACCGUCAAAAAGCAAACACAAAUCGAAUACAAAAAUGGCAUGUCAUUGGUAAAAUAUCAAUUUUUUUAAAUAUCACAAUUUUUACUACACAAAAGUGUUGCAAGUCUAAUGAAAGUGUAAAGCAAGAGUAAAUAAAAAUAAUUGAAA